CAGGUGUCAUCUUUCCGGAGGCUUGCUCAGAUCGCGAAGAACUCUCUUCUCUUAUCAACAAAAAAAUCUCAGAUAAAUUCCCUUUCUCUAAUUUGUUUUCUAUUGUCUUCUUUCUUCCCGAUUUCUUUACGGUGACGCCAUGAACGCCGCCGUGUUUGCUUCUUCUGCUUUAUCUCUCCCUCUCUCCUUUUGUAAAACUAGAUCAUCUAAACUCACCAGAAAGAAGGGACUGAAAGGAGAAUUCAGAGUUUUUGCUGUAUUUGGGGAAGAAAGUGGAUUAGUUGAGAAGAAGAGUCAAUGGGGACCUUUGUUUGAUGUUGAGGAUCCGAGAUCGAAAACUCCUCCUUAUAAAGGCAAGUUCUUGGAUGUAAAUCAAGCUCUAGAAGUUGCUAGAUUUGAUAUUCAAUACUUGGAUUGGCGUGCUCGUCAAGAUCUUCUUACCAUCAUGCUCUUACAUGACAAGGUCGUUGAUGUACUUAAUCCCCUAGCUCGUGAGUACAAAUCGAUCGGUACAGUGAAGAAAGAACUAGAUGGAUUGCAAGAAGAACUAGCUAAAGCACACCAACAGGUUCAUAUCUCUGAAGCAAGGGUUUCAACUGCUUUAAACAAGUUAGCUCACAUGGAGGAAUUGGUUAAUGAUAGGUUGUUACCAGUUAGAGUUGCAACGGAAUCAGAUAAACCGUCUUCUUCAACCUCCGUCCAAGACUUAGACAGGGAGAAGACGAACAUAGGCGGGAAAAGUUUGAAUGUUUCUGGUCCGAUUCAGCCUUAUAGUCCAAACUUGAAGAAUUUUUGGUAUCCCGUUGCUUUCACUGCAGAUCUUAAGCAUGACACAAUGGUACCAAUUGAUUGUUUUGAGCAACCAUGGGUUAUCUUUAGAGGAGAAGACGGGAAACCAGGAUGUGUACGGAACACGUGUGCGCAUAGAGCUUGUCCUCUUGAUCUUGGCUCAGUGAACCAAGGGCGUAUCCAAUGUCCUUACCAUGGAUGGGAAUACUCAACCGAUGGAAAAUGUACGAAGAUGCCAUCUACAAAGCUACUAAAUGUGAAGAUAAAGUCGAUACCUUGUCUUGAACAAGACGGUAUGAUCUGGGUCUGGCCCGGCGAUGAACCACCUUCACCUAGACUUCCUUCUUUACAACCUCCAUCAGGCUUUGUAGUCCAUGCUGAGCUUGUAAUGGACCUCCCUGUGGAACACGGCUUGCUUUUAGAUAAUCUCUUGGACCUUGCGCAUGCUCCAUUCACUCACACAUCCACUUUUGCAAAAGGCUGGAGUGUCCCAAGCUUGGUGAAGUUUUUAACACCAUCCUCAGGCCUCCAAGGAUACUGGGAUCCGUAUCCAAUCGAUAUGGAGUUUAAACCGCCAUGUAUCGUGCUAUCGACAAUCGGGAUCUCAAAACCAGGGAAACUAGAAGGAAAGAGCACUAAGCAGUGUGCGACACAUCUUCAUCAACUCCAUGUUUGUUUACCUUCUUCAAGAAACAAAACAAGACUUUUAUACCGUAUGUCACUAGACUUUGCUCCUAUCUUGAAGAAUCUUCCAUUCAUGGAACAUCUCUGGAGACAUUUCGCUGAACAGGUCUUAAACGAGGACUUAAGGCUUGUUUUAGGACAGCAAGAACGGAUGUUGAAUGGUGCAAACAUAUGGAACUUACCAGUUGCUUAUGACAAGCUCGGAGUUCGGUAUAGACUAUGGAGGAACGCGGUAGACCGCGGCGAUGAUAAAUUACCUUUCUCCGGCUAACUAUUAAUAUGAAGAAGUCCAAUGUUUCACCGACGUUGAAGUUUUUAGCAGCUUACAGUUCACCAGCAAACCUUACAAGAAAUGUGUUAGGUUGUGUUAACCUGGUUCGUUAUUGCCGCGGAGAAGCUUAGCCAAGUAAACGAUUCUUGAAUUGGUGGAUGCAAUCUUGAAGACGAUGAAACAAUUGAUUUUUGAUUAGAUAAACAUGAAAACAUCCGUUGUAAAUCUAAAGGUGAUAUUUUGUUGUUACAUUACUUUUCCUGUGUACAGUGAAUGAGAAAUUGAAUAUCAGACAUCAGAACAAGAGUCAGAAACCGCAU